CGAGGGACAAACGACAAAGGCACGAUGGCGUCGAGAUCUCAGGUCUCGUACGGGGACCGUGCAAAGACACACCCGAACCCCCUUGUGCGGCGGCUGUUCGAGAUCGCAGAGCAGAAACAGUCCAACGUCGUCGUCUCCGCAGAUGUCACCACCACGAGCGCAUUGCUAGACCUGGCCGAGCGCCUCGGACCGCACAUGGUCGUACUCAAGACACACAUCGACAUCAUCACUGAUUUCUCCCCGCAGACAGUCGAGGGCCUCAAGGCCGCCGCUCAGAAACACAACUUCCUCAUCUUCGAGGACAGAAAGUUCGUCGAUAUAGGCCACACAGUCCAGAUGCAGUACCAUGGUGGCAGCCUACGCAUCUCCGAAUGGGCGCAUAUCGUCAACUGUGCCGUGCUAGCGGGGUCAGGCAUUGUCGACGCUCUAGCGCAGAUAUCUUCCUCGGGCGUAUUCCCUUACCCCGCUGGCGAGAGGGGACUGUUGAUUCUCGCCGAGAUGACUUCCAAGGGCUCAUUGGCAACGGGCGAGUAUACGAAGCUGUCGGUUGAGAUGGCCAGGAGACAUGCUGGGUUCGUCAUGGGGUUCGUGGCUACGCGGUCCCUGGGCGAUAUCGAGACAGAGACUGAGCGCAAGGCCGAUGAAGACUUUGUGCUAUUCACCACGGGUGUCAAUCUUGCCUCGAAGGGUGACCAGUUAGGCCAGCAGUAUCAGACUCCCGAGUCGGCUGUGGGCAGAGGGGCGGACUUUAUCAUCUCGGGGAGAGGUAUCUAUGCUGCUCCUGACCCUGUGGAGGCCAUAAAGCAGUACCAAUCUGCCGGCUGGAGUGCAUACCUCAAGCGUAUAUCCAGAUAA